UUCUUCCCUCGCUUGACCUCUACUUUCCCUGUCUGAACCCAUCUCUAGUCAAUUAUGAACGGCAGCAACUGGUUCAACGCAGCCGCAGCUCCCGGAGGAGGUGCUAACCUGGGCGCCUCGUCCUCAUCGCUGUUCGGAAACAGCAUCAACAACAACAACCCGCAACCACCCGGAGGUGGCCUCUUUGGCAACUCUUCCACCACCACCAACAACAACAACAACAAUCUGAACGGCAGUACCCUCUUCGGAGGCCUCAAUAACAAUAACAACAAUGGCGGCAUCCCAAACUCUCCCUCUUCCGCCGCAUUCGGGGGACAAGCACGUAACGGUGCCGCAAACCAAAACCAAGAUAUCCCGGUUACCGAAUACAACGAGAACCAGAGGUUACAGAACAAGUAUUUGGAGAGUUUUACACCGGGGGGUGGGAAUAAGAAGAAGGGGGUGGGGGCGACCAAGACCACAUCCUCCCCGACCGGCGGACCGAUGGGGGCGUUCACCGAGCCUUCCCGGUUCGGGAGUAACAGUCUUUAUGGGUCUGGCGCCGGCGUAUCCCCCAACAAGUCGUCCCACCGCCUCUCCAAUAACAACACCACCAGCACCAACCGGGACACCUCCCAAUCCACUUCGUCCCCUUUGGGAAACUCUUCGAUGAGCGUCCGGUCUCGUAUGUCCACCGGCGGGUCCGCCUCUGAAGAGCGGCCGGGGCAAGGUCAUAGUUAUAGUUAUGGUUAUACGGGUUAUGGCGGAGGUGCUGGUGGGAUGGGGGAAGAUCCCGAGAGGCCGCCGGUUAGGAGUUAUGCCGAUGAUGAUGGGGCGGAGUUGAAUCAGCAAACCACACAAGGACAAGGGAUGGGCGGUGGGAUGGAUGACGAGGAUGGGAUGAGGUUCGACGAUGAUACCGACGGACCCGCCCACAUGCUCAUGGUCUACGGCCUCCCUCCCUCGAAACAAGACCGCCUCCAAUCGUUCCUCUCUUCUUUCGGCACGCUCACCCACUUCCAAGUCGGACCGAUGGACAGCAACUAUAUCGUCGUAGCGUUCGACGACCCGAGCGUAGCAUUGCGCUUGCAGAGACAGAGCGGGGAGGUGAGGAUGGACGGGUGGUACCUCGGCUUCAGGGGGUUGAGAGAGGGAGCCGUACCCGAGGCGUGGUCCAGGUCGAGGUCGGGUAAAGGACAGCUCGACGUGAGGAGAAAUGGGGAGGGGAACCACGGGCACGCGGAAUCGCACGCCAUGGACGUUCGUCCUCCUUCCUCAUCUACCACCACCGCCGCCAGCUCUACCAACAACAACAGUAAAAACUCGGACGACCCGUUCGCCUCGAUCUCGACCUUGACGCCGAUCAAGUCGGGUGGGAGCGUCUUCAGACCGAGUGCGACGUCGGCUUUGAGUGGGCAGCAACAACAGCAGCAACAAAGGGUCGAUGCGAGGUUCGCGUUCGGGACGGGUCAACAGCAGCAGCAACAGCAGCAGCAGCAACAGACGGGACAACAGCAACAAGGCGGGGGUGGGUAUGGGUUCUUUGGAAAGAUCUCGGAUGUCAUGUUCGGUCACUAGAAGAGGAGUCCGGUCAUCGUCAGAGCUGAUGACUUCCCGCGUGUCCAUGGUCGCAUAUCGUACCGUCUGCCACCAUUAAUACAUGUCACUCGCUUUGGCUUGGCAAAUGAUGUUGAUCACGUCGAACUGUGAUGCAUUUUCGAGAUGCGAGAUGAGAGAUCAAGGUGUCUGUGGGGGGUUUAUGCCGGAAGGAACGUCUUGCCUCGUCCUCGCCGUCACGUCACCUCCGGGUGUCUCUUCGAGAGGGUGGUAGCUGCCGGCAUCGCCAGCGGUCAGUAUCAGUAGCAGUAGCAGCAGCAGCAGCAGCAGCAGCAGUUCGGUAACAGUAGUAGUGAUGAUGAAAGCAGUAAUAGUAGUAGUACUGACUCUGUACUAGGAGUGUACUAGAAGUGCUAAUGCAUGCGGGGGGGGUUGCGGUCGAAAGGCUGGAGAGGUCACGUGAUUCGCAGCUGAGCCGCCACUAGCUCGACCUCCUCCUUUGAGAUGAUCGAC